AGGAGGUGCCUGUUGGUCCCUGAAGUGUAGGUGUUUGCAGCCUCUCAACAUGAACAUCGUCAGUGCUUUGUCCGUCCUCGGCCUGCUGCUUGCAGCUGCUAGUGCCCAGAAACCCAACCAAUGUGAAUCUCCUCCCCUGAUGACUGGAGGUGUCAGCAUGGUGGGCCCUAAUGGACUCUUCAUGUCUUCGGGAGCAGUCAGCUAUGAUGCUUUUGGUCAGAAGAUUCGCUUCAGAAACUAUGGCCUUGUUGGAAAUGAAACCUUUGCUAUUGACCAGCUGAUGCUCUUCAACAAGAAAGUCUACUAUGAGAUCGACUGGCAGCAAUUCACUUGCAAGAAGAAGCGUCUAAAUACAGAUUUCAUUCCCAUGCAAGUGCCCAAUAACGCUGAACUGAUGGGGCAGGUUAUAGCGGGCUCCUCCUCCUCCUGGGGAAUGGGUGUGCUGGUCAACAGCUGGCAGGGAAAUCUGCCAAACAACGGUCACUACAUGAGCGUCUUCACGGAGAUUGGCUGCAUCCCCAUGACCUUCGCUGGCUACACACCAUCAUCUGGAUGGACCCUGGUCAGCACCUUCAACUGGGUACUUGGCCUCACCAAUCCCAUGGACUUCUUCCCACCUGUCAUUUGUGCCAAGUCCCAGCUGGAGGAGUCUGAAACACCUGACACCAUGUUUACUGCCUUGGAGUCUCUGGCCAGAAAGACCAAGCACAUGGAGUAAACAUCAGGCUUGUUUUCAAUCUGCUCAUUUAAAAUAAAAGAAGGAGUGGAUCCUUCUGCAAACAAUACACAAAAUGCAUUGUGAAUAA